AUGGCGAAACCAGGCAUUGACACGAGCUACAUUGGACUUCCGAAUGGCAGUGCAGUGGACGCCAAUGCCGGAUACACGCCUCUGGGAAAUGUGACAGCCGUGAGUAUGACGCACGUCAGCGGAUCCGGCGGAGCUCCAACCUAUGGAUUGAUCUCGCAAAUGCCGCUCUAUGGCAACCUCGCAUCUAUCAACCUCGCCGAUAACAUGACUUAUGCACAGAACCGCAGUCUGGAAUUGGAGUCUGCAACUGUGGGCCUCUUCACUACGACUCUAGAAAACGGCAUCAAGAUCGAGAUCACUUCAGGGAACCACACCGGAUUCAUGCGAUACACAUUCCCCCACCCAGCAGUCCCUCUGAACAAUCUUUCCACAUUCGACGUUGAUUCAACGACGGCAGAAGCCCUUACAGCCAAUGACAACGAUGCGCAUGUUCUUGUGGACCUUACACACGUGCUUCCAGCCUACUCGUCGAUGGCCUACUCUCAGAAGUUCCUGCACGGGCAGCUACAUAUCGGGUCUUCCUCGAACGGGUUGCCGUCAUACCACGGAUCGGCGACCUAUACAGGUGGAUGGCCACAGCCAGAAUCCCACACACUUCACUUUUGCGGGAACUUUAGUGUGCCUGCGGGAUCUGUCCUGACCCCGACAUCCGACUAUGUGCAAGGAAAUCGUUCGAGUAUUGCCCAUGGCGCUGGGACACUCAGUUGGCAAUACAAUCCUUAUAUGCCACCAAGCUUCAAGGCCCGACCAGUGCCGCGUGGAUAUCCCGACAUUCGAUCCUAUGCUGGAAGCGGAAUGGGCCUAGGCGCUUUGUUCAGCUGGUCUCCUCCGGAGGAGCGAGUCAACGGCACCCUUGCUCUUGAGGCCAAGUUGGGAAUCUCGUACAUCAGUGCUGCCCAAGCAUGUUCGCACGUGGAGAAUGAGCUUCCUGAUGCUAAGUCCUUCGAUGAUAUCGUCGAUCAAUCGAGACAAGAGUGGGAGGAUAAAGUACUGAACAAGAUACAGAUCGGCGACGAUGGCCAUUCCACAAGUAACAACAAAACUUUGAAGAGAAUGCUUUACUCUGGGCUCUAUCAGACAGGCCUGAUGCCAACCGACAAGACCGGCGAAUGCCCUAAUUGGGAGUCAAACGAAGCUAAGCCAUACUACGAUGACCAUUAUACGCUUUGGGACACUUAUCGUACCCUGCUUCCCUUGUAUCACCUGAUCUUCACGAAGCCGUACUCGCGCAUUCUUUCUGGUCUCAUCUCCAUCUUCACCGAAGAGGGUUAUCUACCGGCCGGUCGUGCGGCAAACUGGAAUGGUCGCGUUCAAGGUGGCACACACGCAGAUAUGGUCCUAGCUGACGGUUUCGUUAAGAGCAUCCGUGCACUAUCCGGCGAGACAGGUCGCGGCGAACUCGACAGCAGCAUCGAUUGGCAAGAAGCUUACAAGGCGGUGAUGAAAGACGCGAACGUGUUGCCCGAGCGCAACGUUGAUCCGGUCGCAUUCGAUGGAGCCACCAAGGAAGGUAGAGGCGCCCUGGACGAUUAUCUCGCCCUUCGCUUCAUCACACGCAACCACACCCGCAGUGUUUCUCGUGGCGUCGAGUACCCGCAGAAUGACUUCGCGAUCUACAGCAUGGCUUCUGGACUCAUGAAAUCUCAAGGAGACAUCGAUCAGAUGCGCAAUCGAUCAAGCUGGUGGCAGAACCAAUGGAAUCCCAUGGCAAACACAACCCUCCACGGCACGGGUACAUUCACUGGCUUCCCAGGCCCUAGAAACGCGGAUGGGACGUGGAACACCACUGCUUACGACCCGCUGAGCUGCGGAACAUGCGGUUGGGAUGCAGACAUCUACGAAGCCAAGGUGUGGGAGACUGCGUUCAGUGUGGCCCCACACGACAUGGCCAAAGUCAUAGAUCUGAUGGGCGGCGACGAUGCUUUCGUUCGUCGGCUAGACGCCUCUUUCAUUCCAGGCUUCGGCACAUCAGUCGGCGCAAACAACGAUGCCGGCUCUGCUCUCUUCAACCCAGGAAACGAACCAUCCUUCGCAACGCCCUUCCUCUACAACUACGUACCUGGUAUGAACUGGAUGACAGUCAAUCGGACCCGAGCUAUCGUCGACGACUUUUACAGCGACGAUCGUAACGGAUACCCCGGAAACAUCGACGGUGGUGCGCUACCCAGUUGGUUGGUGUUCAAUCUCAUGGGCAUGUAUCCUGUGUCUGCGCAGCCGCUCUACCUUCUUUCCGCUCCUCGGUUCUCUUGGCUAAAGGUCUCGCUGUUUAGCGGAACGGCAGCCGUGACGUCUUUGAGCAUUCGCGCCCAGAAUCUGUCAAGCACAAGCUAUUACCCGCAAAAAGUUACCUGGAACGGGCAGGAACUCGAUCGAGCUUGGUUAAAGCAUAGCGAGCUUGCGGAAGGAGGCGAGUUGGUGUUCUAUAUGGGUGAAGAGCCGAAGAAGUGGGAUGUUGGUGAGCGGCCGUGGUCACUGUCGACAUCGUCGCUGUAG